CCAAUUCACUCUGGAUUUCCAACGGCCCUGAUGGCUGGAGGACCAGGUCCGCCGCUUUCGGGAGACAGACUGCUCCAGAACUCAAUGGAAAGAGCUUGAGGCCUUGAGAGGACCCCUUAGUGUUUGGAGUGUACGGAGGGAUAGUGGCAGAUUCCAACAUAAGGCAGGGAGCACCCAAGGCGGGCCUGGGUGCACACCAUAAACACCCCACUUGUUAAUAGCACGGGGCCCAGAGGGCCCUUCAGACAGACCCCGAAAGACGGUUCUCGUCUGGGCAGGGACUAGGCGAGCCCACGGGCCAGGUCCCCGGUCUCCAGCCACACUGGGGCAGCCCCCACAGUUCCUGGCCUUUGGGCUGAUUAUCGGGUGUGCGUCUCGAGGGCCAUCAAUACAGAUUACUUAUUUAUAUCAAUCGCGGGCUCGGAGGGCGCCCUCCGAGAGCUGCCCCACGCCUACGAAAUCAAACUGGGAGUGGUCGUGAGAAACUCUGGCUCAGGAUUGGCUGCAGGCGCCCGCCGCGAUGCGGGGGGAUUGCUAAUCGUAUUCAGCAUGUUUUGCACAAGAAAUGUCAGCCAGAAAGGGCUAUCUGCUCCCUUCGCCAAAUUAUCCCACAACAAUGUCAUGCUCCGAGAGCCCCGCCGCGAACUCCUUUUUGGUCGACUCGCUCAUCAGCUCCGGCAGAGUCGAGGCUGGAGGCGGUGGCGGCGGCGGCGCGGGGGGCGGCGGCGGCUACUUCGCCCACGGCGGGGUCUACCUGCCGCCGGCCGCCGACCUGCCCUACGGGCUGCCGAGCUGCGGGCUGUUCCCGGCUCUGGGAGGCAAGCGUAAUGAGGCGGCCUCCCCGGGCGGCAGCGGCGGAGGCGGAGGCGGCGGCGGCGGGGCCCUGGGUCCGGGGGCGCACAACUACGCGCCCGCGCCUAUAGACCUAUGGCUGGAUGCGCCCCGGUCCUGCCGGAUGGAGCCGCCGGAGGGGCCGCCGCCACCGCAGCAACCCCAGCAACAGCCGCCACCGCCCCCGCCGCAGCCACCCCAACCCCCGCCGCAAGCCACUUCGUGCUCUUUCGCGCAGAACAUCAAAGAGGAGAGCUCCUACUGCCUCUACGACUCGGCGGACAAAUGCCCCAAAGGCUCGGCCGCCGCCGACCUGACCCCCUUCCCGAGGGGCCCGCCGCCCGACGGUUGCGCCCUGGGCACCUCCAGCGGGGUGCCCGUGCCCGGCUACUUCCGCCUCUCCCAGGCCUAUGGCACGGCCAAGGGCUACGGCGGCGGCGGCGGCGGCGGGGCGCAGCAUCUCGGCGCCGGCCCGUUCCCCUCUCAGCCCCCUGGGCGCGGCUUCGACCCGCCACCGGUGCUCGCCUCCGGCUCGGCGGAUGCAGCCCGGAAGGAGCGAGCCCUCGAUUCGCCGCCGCCCCCCGCGCUGACUUGCGGUGGCGGCGGCGGGGGCUCGCAGGGCGACGAGGAGGCGCACGCGUCGUCCUCGGCCGCCGAGGAGCUCUCCCCGGCCCCUUCCGAGAGCAGCAAAGCCUCGCCCGAGAAGGACUCCCGGGGCAAUACCAAAGGCGAAAACGCAGCCAACUGGCUCACUGCAAAGAGCGGCCGGAAGAAGCGUUGCCCCUACACGAAGCACCAGACGCUGGAGCUGGAGAAGGAGUUUCUGUUCAACAUGUACCUCACUCGAGAGCGGCGCCUGGAGAUCAGCCGCAGCGUCCACCUCACGGACAGACAAGUGAAAAUCUGGUUUCAGAACCGCAGGAUGAAACUGAAGAAAAUGAACCGAGAAAACCGGAUCCGGGAGCUCACGGCCAACUUUAAUUUUUCCUGAUGAAGCUCCAGGCAACGCCGUGUUUUUGUUUUUGUUUUCCGCUUCCAGAGAGCCGUCCUCCUCCCUGUCGUCGGCCUCUGCCCAGGAACUCGCACCUGUGCGGGAGCCCCAUCCCUCCCUCCCACCUCGCCACCUCGCUGGCCACGUCUGUGCAGGGCUGGUUUGUUCUGGCUUUUUGUCUCUUAGUCUGUUUGCUAGGUGCUGGUUUACUUGUUGUUUUCUGGGGGAAAAAGCCAUAUUGCUCUAAAAUUCUAUAUAGAUGAAUAUUGUCCUGAGUGUCAAAGGGUGAACUGGGAUGGUUUGUUGUCUCAGUGUUCCACUGCUCGAAAUGGCCCCUGGCCUCCUGGUGGAGCUGGUUUCCUGUGGGGGGUUUGGGGGGGGGGC